AAAUAAUAAACCAAUGGAACAACCAAGAAAUGUAAACUCAAUAUUAGAGCUCACAAUUCAAUCUCAGGAUGGUUCAAAACUUUUCUUCCGCAUGAAGCCUAAUAUAACUAUGAGGACAAUAUUCAAAUAUUACUGUAAGGAAAAACAAAUUAUUGAUUAUCGGACAGUUCGUUUUGUAUUUGAUGGUCAACGUAUUUCAGCAAGAAUGACUGUAGAAGAAGUCGAACUCGGGCCAAUUUAGGUGGCAGUGCUCCCAAUAGAGUUUUCUCCAUACCCAGGGUGAAACUCGGGCCCAUUAAGGUGGCAUCGCUCCCAAAAGAGUUUUCUCCAUACCCAGGGUGGAACCCUCGACCUCUGGCUAAGGGUGGACCAGUCUCAUCCACUGCACCACAACCAAUGUUGGUCGAUGUAAUUUAUUGUUAAUUCAAUAGUUAUAAAACUUUUUAUUUUAUUUUAUUUUAUGAAGGCUGGAUUGAAAGAUGGCGAUCAAAUCGAUGCUGUGUUGGAUCAAGAUGGAGGAGGAUGUGCACUCUAAAUAUGAAGAACAACAUCAAUAUGUCGCAAUUUUUAAAUUUCUGUUUUUCAGUAGAAUCUAAUUUAAGUGUCAUGUGUCCAAGUUGACCAUGAAUAUGUACUUUAGAUUCACUAUGUUAUAUAAUCUUAAACAUGAUUAUGUUAAUUUUGAGGAGUGGUAAUAAAGUUUUUUUUUUUUCCC